AUGGACUACUACAACCACUACUUCUCCGCCCGCUCCCUUAGGCAACUAACUCUCUUCCUCGGCGGCGCCGGCUGCUUCUACCUCUCAGUGAUGGUCUCCCGGCGCGCCGCCAUCCGGCACCAGCUGGCGGCGCGGCUCAAGUUCUUCCAGCCGAACCAGUUCAUGUGGCGGUCCGAGAAGGACCUGCCGAAAAAGGAUCCCAUGGUCGCUUUCGAGGCCCUCAACCUGGCCACCCUCAACACCAUGGCCUUUGCCAUCACGGCCGUGGGCGGGGUCUCGUGGGCGCUGGAUAUUGCCGAUAUGGAGGAUCUGAGGCGGUACGCGCGGAGGUCGAUUGUGGAGGCCGAGGGGAUGAGGGAUGAGGUGGCUGAGAAGGAGGUCGCUGACUGGAUGGUGACCAGGCUUGAGAUGCUGGUGGAGUACUAG